AUGAGCCACAUACAUUCUAAUCGCGCCCGCGAUGAAAGGAGUCACAGCCAUAGUUCGAUGUACGAUCGAUACGACAGAUCCUCUACUUAUAGAACUACUAUAAGUAGAGGAUACAGACCUAGCAAGCGUGGCAAAUCUGCUAACAUAGAACUUAAAGGCGAUUAUAGCCCGGAUAGACAGAGAGAUCGUUAUGAUCGCAGAAGUAGGCAUAGCAGAUCGACUAGUAGGCAUGAUGACGGCCACAGUUCACACAUCAAAUAUCGCUCUUCAAGCAGUAGACAUAGAGAUAGGAGAUCAUCUAGCAGAUGCAACGACCGUAGGUCAAGAUAUAAUGUUAAAGGAUAUAAUCGUAGCAGAAGGGAUUCAUCAUCAUCUGCAGAAACUUACAUGAGAACAGAUGAAUUUGGCCGCGAACGUUGUAGCCCGAGUUAUGGCUAUAGAAGAAGGGUCUCUAGGAGUUCAUCAAUAUCUAGCAUAGAAGAACAAGCUGAUCCGGCUACCGACAAUUCCACUACAAUUAACGGUUCUGAAAAUUUGCCAAAUGAAGUGACAUUGAACAAUAUUGAUGGAAGUGAUAAUGCCAAUUCUGUUGAGUUGGACUUUUCCAACUUCGCCGAGCUAUUUGGUUUUGAUAGUUUUCGCUCCAGCAAGGGUCAGGAGCACACUGAAAGUGAUGCAUCUUUGGCAAAUAAACGGACUAAAAGAAAGUAUCGUCAAUAUAUGAAUCGCGUGGGGGGGUUUAAUCGCCCUUUAUCUCCGAAAUAA